UGUCUUAUCUGGGGGACGCGUUUCAGCGAGGGACAGCCAGCGGAAGAAGGAAACGGUGGGGCCGGAAGUGGGCGGAGGGAGACGGCUGCUGCACCUGCGAGGGCGGUGGAACCCGGAGGUGAGAGCCGAGGCGUGUAGGGUCCUCGGUGUGGCCGGACGAGGCUGAGCGCGAUCCCUCCGUGGGCGAGGAAGAGGGACCUGGACCGUGCGUGCUAGCGAUAACAGUCCCCCCUGCAACCGGAGCCACGGCGGGAAGGGCCCCCCCCAAUCCGCCCCACCAUGGCAGAGUCCACGGCCAACGUGGGAGCCACGGCGACAGUGACCGAGACGGAGGAGAAUCGCAGCCUUACUAUCAAAUUGAGAAAACGAAAACCAGCCAAGAAAGUCGAAUGGUCAAGUGACACAGUGGACAACGAACACUUGGGACGGAGAUCUUCCAAAUGUUGCUGCAUCUAUGAGAAGCCCCGGGCUUUUGGCGAGAGCUCGACAGAGAGCGAAGAUGAGGAUGACGAAGGCUGCGGCAAUGCCCACUGCAUCCGGGGCCACAAGAGAGGCCAGCGGGGGAAGGAGCAGGGUAAAUCGGGAGACCCUGGCCCAUCAGAAGGUUGCUCCCAGAAAUCAGAGCCGCCUGACCAAAACCACGCUGGGGCUAUGCAGCACUGAACCCACGCUGCCAGGGAGUGGGGGAAGAGAGUCCGCCUCUCCCACCCGGAACCAGGGACUAAUGCUGCUCCAACUCUGGGGCAGGGGGGAGGGAGGGGAGGGCUCACCACGCAUCCAGCUACCCGUCUGUCUUGUGCCGGUGCUGACACUGCCUCGACUUGGGGUGGGGGAGGGGGAGGGAGGGAGAAGAGGGGCCCAUGCAUCCAGCUCCCCAUCUGUCUCGUGCCAGUGCUGCUACUGUCAUCUCUCUACCCAUCCAUGGCUGGUGAGUCCAUCCGAGGCCACCCAUCCACACCCCACCCAACGUGGAAUGUAUUGACAGAGCCUUCUGGCUUCCUUGGCUGAUUUUUUCCCUCCUGCUUCUUAAUUAAAUAUUUGUAUCACUGAUGAACAAGGUGGGCAAUCGGUUCUGCUUUGGAAAAGGCAGCGAUAGAGCUGCACCCAAGGCUCUUCUGUUGGGCAAGCGUGCCCUCUUUCCCUGCCUCUGUUCCCCCUUCCCCUUUCCAGUUGUACUUUCUGUCACUAUACCUUUAUACACUUCUCUCUUGCUGUUCCUGAGCUCCAUGUAAAUCCCUUUCUGCUUCCAUGCCCUGGCCAGUUAAUCCUUGAACUGUCUCCCACUUUCCUAUGGCUGAACUCACUAAUCCCUUGAGGUCUCAACUCCACUACCUCCUUUUGUACCCACACUUCUAAUUCACCAUGGCAAGGCCACUGCUUCUGCCACACAGCUGCUUUAAGAAUGCAGCCUUUUGGUCUUCCUAUUACCCUUCUCUUUCUGCCCUCUGGAAAGUGUAAGCCUUGAUUCCAGCUUUGACCUCUACUGGCUACUUGCAUUUGGUCUCUUCAAAUGAGCCUUUCUAAAAGGAAUCCCCCUCUCUGUUCCUACUAUUAAAAAGAAAGACAGGAAGACUGUUUUUCAUUAUGCUGUGGGAGGUUGCAAGCUCUUCCUAUUUGAGAGGGAUGUAGAGAAAUCAGGAAGAGGGGAGUCUAGUGGGUGUAGGAGAGUCUCAGCUGUAACUGGGUGUUUUGUGAGUGAGGAGGAUCUGGGAGAUGGGAAAAAGGGCUGAGAAUUGUAUACUCUGCUGGAAUAUGGUAUCUUACACUUGAAUCCUCAAGGAGGAAGGGAGGUUGGGACCAGUUUGAAGAUGGUCCAUAACAGAUAAAAACAAGCUUCAUGAUCUUCCAUGCUGAAACAGAAGCUAACCCCCUCUAUUCCAUUUUUGUGCUGGGGCCUCAUCCUGGGUAAGGCCUCUGUUGCAAUUACUUAUGUAUGCCACAGGAUCCUGUCACUGUGAUGUGGGGGUGAGGGUACCAUCUUCCCCUGCAUGACUCACAGAUCACUUCCUUGCUUUUUCCUACCUGAGGUUUAAUGUUGUGGGAUAGACAAUUGUCUGUCUUUAGAAUCUCUUUUUCUUCCUGUGGCCUCUGGUGCCUGAAUCAGCAUGAUUCUGAUUAAAAGUAACUUUCAACAAGAGAAGCACAGAUCUUUUUUGGUGAGGGUGUGGUUUUGAGGCCAAGUCCUAAUAGUGUUUCCCAGGUUUCUGGCUGAGGUACAUUUCUUGUUCAAGUCACAAUUGCAAGUAUGCAUGAUUCUGAAAAGAAUAUUCAUAGGAGUACGAAAAUAAGUGAUCACUUUGCCCUCAGUGGUGCCUCCCACUCCCUGUUGUUGUUGAGUUUUUUACAUUAGUCAUUUUUCUGAGCACGAUUUCCAAGUGGAGAUCAAAUGGGGUAGCAGGCAAGCAUGAAGUAGGGGAGUCUCCACUGCAUAAAGGUUUUGGAUUGUCACAUCACGCUUAUGUUUCAGCUACGCAGGAUUUAAUUAGCAAGGUAGCAAAAGGAUAACAAUAGUUUUCUUUCACACACACACCACUUUUGUGAUAGCCCUCCUUAGGUACCAUUUUUGAUUACAAAUAGAUUGACCAAAUAUGGUAAAAAUUGUGAAUGGGCAAAAUCAGAGAGAGGCUUGUGGAUUCCAUCUUAGAAAUGCUUUUAGGAAUUUUUCUCCUCAAACCUGAUCACUGGAAGAGACCAUCCUCAGGCAAAUCGCAGCUUCUAAGCUACAGGCAAUGGGCAGAAACUGUGAGUCAGCCCUUGUAGUUCUGGUGCUAUAUUAUCAGUCAAUUCUGCAUAAGCAAAAACAAUAAGAUGGCACAUUUAAAUUUGGCAUUUCAUAUUGGGCUCCUGGGUGAUAAACCAGGGGUGGUUUUUUACCCCCUGUGGUGGUGUCAGCAGUGUUCAUUGGUAAAAAAAGAAGACAGUAGUUAAGAGGAACCAACAGGACAACAACUACUUCUAACCACAGAGUUGCUGUAUAAAUAAUUACUUAUAUACAGACAAGAAUACAUUAGGCAAAGUGCUUCAUGGCAACAUGGUCUCAUUCUAUCUGCCCUUCUCUUAAAACAUGUUUAAAACCUUGUUAAAAAGUGCCUGAGAAUUAGAAUACAAAUGCCUGAGCAUUCAUACUUGGGUCUCAGCUUCCCAAGUCUCUCCAUUAGCCUCAACCCUGCACUGUUUUAACUUGUCUGUCAAAAAAUCUCGAUGUAAUGUGACCUGAUGUGCCAACUUUUGUCAAGGUCUUUGCAGAUGGCUACAUUAUGCAAGUGCUGUGUGAUUAUUUGAUACACCAAUUAAAUUUUGGUUCAUCGAAACAGAAA